AUGGCAAAGGACAAUAUCCAUCCAGAUGUGCUGCGCAGCGCCGAGGCCACGCCCAUCGCAAAGCUCAGCCCUGCCAUCACCGACGCCGCUGCGCUCGUUGUCGAAGGCGUCGUCACCGUGACCUGGCCCUACAGCAUCGUGAACAAGUCCAUCGCCUUCAUCCUCGCCGAGCGCGACCCCCUGCACCGACGCGACAAGGGCCAGCUGCGAGUCGAGUUCCAUGGCGCUGCGGGCAAGGCGCUUGCGGCGACGAGCCUGGGAGGCGGCGACGAGGUGCGCCUGAGCUUGCACGGCGUUGCGUGGGAGGAGAACCAGGCGUGGGCGAAACACCCGGGUAUUCUGGAGUGGCAGCUCAAGUUUUCCAAACGCUUGCUGCUGAAGAUCAGGAGGGCAGAUACGCAGGCGGUGGACACCAUUGAUGUUGAUGCCGCGGAUGAAGAGGAAGAACAAGAAUUACUGCAGCAGCCUCGGGAGCCGAGCCCGACCCCGUCGAUUGACAUCGAGCGCACUCAAUUCUCGAAACCGUUGCCGCCAACGCCGCUCUCUACGAUACCCUCUAAACGAUAUGCGUACGAGCCACUCGGGCCCGGCGAGUAUACCUCUCCCGCAUUCAUCAAGCGUGCAAGGGUCUCAUAUGGCUCGCUCUUUGAAGGCGGCUUUGACAUAUUCGAUGAAGAAGAGCCUGUCAAAAGCGUCAAGAAGAAGAAGAAGAAGUCUCGGUUCAGUAUGGGCCCGACAUCUUGGCGAUACGCCAGUCAAUCACCUUCUCCCGAGGUGGAACAAGAGCAGCCGGCUGAAGAAGAAGAAGACGAAGCUGAACCCAAGCUUGAUGAUGUCGAGGAACCUGCGGCUGAAGAACAAAUAACUACACGAGCUGAGACACCACCUCCUCAAUCGCAGCCCGUCAUGGUGGAUCACGGAUGCCAGACUAGAGAGAUGAGCUCCAGCCCAACCAAUGGUGUCCAAAUUAUUGCCGAAUCCAAAUCGACCGGUAUUCUACUGCAACCCACGCCAACUCACCCCUGGAAGCAUGUGGGAGUGGACCAUGUGCUGCAAGAACCAUCACCCCUCUCAUUCGACUACGCAGCGUCCCACGAUGUACCACCUUCAAUACACGAGUCGGAGCCUUUCGGCCAACCUGAAAUGCAUUUGCCUCACGCUGGCUUUGAUAUGUCCAUGGACAUAGACCCCAGUCUCCAGCCACAUCAAGCAGAUACUCAUAAUCACGACCCCCACCUCGCAUACAACACGACGGCGACUGAAUUACAGCCGCCUCGCUCACAAGAACAUGGGUUUCAUGAUGCUCAUCUACACGAUUUAGCUUGGGUUGCCGAGACGUUGGCGCCAGCUUAUCCUACGGUGCCAGCACACAACGCACAUGAUUUCCCACAGGGAAGUUUUGAUCGAUCAUCCUUUACUUUGAGAGCCAGCCCUUCCGAUGAAACGCACACACUGGUGUCCGCCGGGCAUCGCGUUACGGAAAUGCAUAGCUACGCCCAAUUCGAUGAAGCACGGAGGGUGUCAUCCUCAUCUUACCCACAACAAGAUGGGGUGAAGCCUAGCAACAGUUAUCCUGAGCGCUACGAAGAAGAUACCGAGACUGCCACGGUAACCGCUACACUAGGCAGAGAAGGUAGAUCCAGCCCUCCCCAAGAGGAAUAUAGUACAGAUGAAUCCGAAGAGGAAGAAGAGGAGGAAGAGGGCAGCCGACAUCGCUACUAUGACUGGAACACUGGCCGGAUGCGAGAGGGAUAUCCUGAAGAAGAAGAACCUGACAACCAAUAUGCCGAAUACGAAAACGACGAAGAAGAAGGGGAGGAGGAUGAAGAUGAAGAAGACGACGGGGAGGAGGGUUACGAAGAAGAAGUCGAGGAUAACGCGACCGAAUCUGAAGCCGAGUCAGAGUCUGAAGAAGAAUCAGAGUCUGAACCAGAAUCCCGAGUCUUUAAUCAUUUUACGCAACCCGCGCCACCGGCUCCGAGACCAUUCAUGUACAUCUCAAAACCAGCCCCGGCUGCUCCAAAAGAGCCCGUUUUUAUCAGCCUUUUGUCCGAUUCGGAAGACGAUGUCGACAAUGCGCCUGCCACCACACAAGCUAAAAAGGAACCGAGCGAGGAGCCUCCACUUCACCAAGAUGAAGUUCAUGAGCCGCUAAGUGUUCAUGAGCCGCUAAGUGAACAGGAGGGCGACAGUGUUGAUGAACUCGAGGAUGAAGAUGUCGAUGAAUCCAUGGACGAGUACUUGGACGAAGUUGAAGACAAAUCUGAUGUCGAAGAAGCAACUGAGAUCAGAACGGUAGCAAGCCGAUCGUCCCGCAGAUCCAGCCGAAUAAGCCAAUUGGAUGGUUGUGAUGAAGACGACGAUGAGGAGUCUGGCAGAGAUAUCAGCCACGUCGAGAUGGACCACCCGAAUCUAAUCAUAUCUCCAAAACCCCACAUACGACAGCAACGUGUUGAUAUAGCUGAGUCUCUUGCUCAGGUCCAAGACGAGUCGCCAGUGACCAGCUCUCCGCUCCAGCGUAGGGGCUCGGGGCAACACGAACUCGCCGCCGUCGACGUGGCUGAUGACGAGGAGCUCCCUACCAUGGAGAUGCGCGGUGUCUCUGAAUCACCAGUGCCGGAGCCUAAUGUCGAGGCACCAGCUGUUUUGGAACAGAAUGAUGAGAAACUGGAGGCUAAGCAACACCAAGUGCAUGUACAAGAUGCAGUACAAGCAAAAGAGCCAGAGCCGGCGCAAGAGCCCGCGCAGCAUACCGAGUCUCCUGCUAUUGAAUCUACGCAUCAAGUCACAGAGCCCUCUUUACACAAGCCAGACGAGGAGACGGAUAGAGUAGAAGCUCCAACGCAACAGCCCACUGCCAACGAUGAUUUGCUUAUGGAGGAUCUGCAGUCCACAGCUCCGGAGACCCAACCACCCAACGCGGAGGCAGGGGCAGAAGCCGAUAUCAUCAUUGAACAAGACGUCGAGAUGCAAGACGAGGUGCUAAUCCAACCAAGAGAAGAGACUGAGGUUGUUGCGAACGAGGACGACAACCAGGUCGACCACACCACCACAGACACCGCCUCGAAAGCCACUGGAGAGCCUGAAGUGGCUGCAGCAUCAUCACCUCCGGCUACUCAGACAGAGCCACCUCAACUCGUGACUAUGGCUAUUUCAAUCCUAGAAGAGUCAGAAAUCACAGAAAAGCAGCUGCCAACUCCACUAGAGACUCAACAAGAUGACUACGAGAACGACGUUGACGCGGUUGAUGUGGCUCAUGUUGAGACGCCGCAUAAUGAGGAGGGGAUCAAUGAAGAAGUCAAGGAACAUGCCGAGGAAGAUGUCGAAGAUGAAUUCAAAGAUGCCGAUGAAGAUAUGGACGAAGAAUACGAGGAUGCGAAAGAGGAGGGGGCUGAUAAUGACGACGAUUUUGCAAUCGAGCAGCAGCUUAUGUCUGAAUUCCAGCAUUAUUCCAGCCCCCUGAAGGCGCACGACGCAGAUGGAGUUGAGCAAACUUUCUCGCAGCCCCCCGACACGAUUGAGGAGAUUGAGGAGGAGAUUGAGGAGGAGAUUGAGGAGGAGAUUGAGGAGGAGAUUGAGGAGGACCAACAUACUCAACAAACCCAACAGCACAGCCAGCAGAGCCAACAUGGCCAUCACGGGGAGCACUGCGAUCACGGCCAUCAUGACCACCAUGCCCACCAUGGUGUCCACGACCGAAACUCUCGCCGAGCAGAACCAGAGAUGUCGAUAGGGUUGCAAUCUCUUCGGAGCCACUGUCGUGCUAAGAGACUGUCAAGUGAUAGCGCCGAUAGUUUGUUGACCGAUCCCAGCGUCUUGCUCGCCAGGGGUUCUCCCACCAUGGCGCAUCGUCAAUGUCUGCUUGGCGAUAGUGACUAUCUCCCCCAGCGAUCACCGCGGUCGCCUCGGAACAAGGCCGAGCUUUCGGAUCAUAGUAUUGCGCUUGCCAAGUCAUCGCCUCGCGAGUCUGUAUCGCCAAAGAAUGUUGGGGCAUCGGCCUCGUUGCACACAAGACGUGGCGUCAGGGGGUCGAUUGAUGCCAGCAUCCUGCUAGCACAGUCCUUUUCGCCUACGUCGGAACGCAGUCCAGCCAGUCCAACGGCAUCGUUUCGUGCUGGCCGGCGUAAAUCUGAUAAGUCGGAUCUGAGUGUGCAAUUAGCGACCACCAGCUUCAAGGGCUCUCAACAACAACAGGUGGCGGAAGAGGGGAAACAGGAGAUCGCCCCGGAUGCAGCUCAGGACGCGUCAGCGAAUCUUCAACGUGAAAGUACACCCGAGCCCACGGUGACAGGCCACAACCUGAGGUCACCCCGGAAACCCGCCGCCGUAUCCUCUACCAGAGCGCCCUCCGUGGCCAGCUCCGUUGCUGAAGACGGGAACGUGACGUUCCUGAAGCUACAAUUGUUGAAGAGCCUAAGAAUAACACUACCGGACUGUCUGCCACUCAAAUCCCUGCGCAUCUCGUUGACCAAAACGACCGACAUUUUAGCCGUGGCUACCCUCACUCCGCGCCAGCCACACCGACCGAAACACGGGCCCCGGGGCUACAUGUUGGAGCUGUAUCUGACCGACCCCUCAGUGGCGCCCUCGGGCGUCAACAUCGCGCACAUCUUCCGGCCCCAUCAAGCCUCCCUCCCUACGGUCCAGGCCGGCGACGUUGUGCUCCUUCGUCGCGUCCAGGUGGUGUCAGUCCAGGGCAGGGGAUUCGGCAUCCGCGCCGGAGAUGCCUCGGCAUGGGCAGUCUUUGAAAAGGACGACGACGAGAUGCUGCCGCAGAUUAAAGGUCCCCCGGUGGAAGUCGCGGAUGAAGAGGUUGCCUACGCGCAGGGCCUUCGACGGUGGUGGGGUCUUCAAGAUGACAAGGCAUUGGUUAAGAUCGAUAAGGCGAAUCAGAAGAUGUCACAAGCCGUCAAGGAUGAUACCAAGUGA